AUGCACAUCACAUCGCAAUCGCUGCGAACCAUUGCCUGGUCCACCCUCGCUCUCUCCCCAGCAUACGCCCAGUAUGUCAUAGACAACCUAAGCUUUGGCCAGAAAGCAGGUGUUUACAUAUCGCCCGAUCUUCGUUCCGUUCCCCACUUUGUCAUUCAGGGCGCAGACGACUAUGUGCCGCAGGUACUCUCCGACAGAGUUAUCCUUACACCCCCUUACCCAGGAGGCAAGCGCGGUUCAAUAUGGGCUCAGGACCCGCUACACCACAAAGGCGAUUGGACAGCUGAGUUGGACUUUAGAGCGACUGGUAUGGAGCGUGGAGGUGGUAAUCUCCAGAUGUGGUAUGUGAGGGACUCACAAGCGCAUGAGACGCCAGCGAGCGUGUUCACCGCGCCCAAGUUCGAUGGUCUAGUACUGCUCGUAGACCAGUACGAAGGGCACGGAGGCUCUGUCCGCGGUUUCUUGAAUGAUGGAACCAAGGACAUUAGGUCUCACCCUGAUCCAGACACGCUGGCCUUUGGUAAAUGCGACUACGCAUACAGGAACCGUGGAGAACUUACCCCCAUCAAGCUGCAUCACGCAGAGGGCUUCCUCGAGGUCAUUGUAGACGGGCAGACAUGCUUCAAGACCGAUAAGGUUGCACUUCCUGAAGGCUACUACUUCGGUGUAAGCGCCUCCUCCGCCGAGAACCCCGACUCUUUCGAAGUUCACAAGUUUAUCGUGUCUACUACCAACUCCUACGCGCGCGAAGAGCCCAACUUGAAGAAGAAGGACUACAUCAACUCCCAGCAAAACCACCAGCAGCAGCAGGAUCGUGCUGUCCAACAAGGUCACGAGCAGCAGACGCACAAGCAGAACCAAGCACAACAAAACUACGGCUCCUCCACCUCGCAGAACGACAUCCCAAAGAUGCUCGAAGACGUCCUGGCAGGCAACAUCCGCUCGCAGCAAGACCAGUUUGCCGACCUCCACAACCGUAUCCAGAUCAUCAACAACCGCGUCUUCGAAAUCGCUGAGACGGUCGAGAGAAUCCAAAAGCAGAACGACGAGCGCUGGAACGAGCUCAUGCACCGCAUCGUACCCAUCGACGACCGCGGCGCUGCCACGAUUCGCAACGUAGAAAAGGUCGAGCGAACAACCAUGCAGAUACUGCGAGACUUGGAGAACAAGGACUUCAAGGACUUCAUGAGCCAGAUCCAUCUCGCGCUGGACAGGAACCACGGCAAUGUCAUGCAGAGCUUACCCGGCAUGAUGGGUGACGUUGUCACAAAGAGUGGACCCAGCAUGACUACAUUCUUUUUCAUUGCGGUCGCUGUUCAAAUUAUGAUUGUGGGUGCUUAUAUUGUGUACAAGAAGAGGCGUGGUGGUGCUCCCAAGAAGUAUUUGUAA